GUUGCGCUCCACCCCUGACAGAUAACACACGUGUGUUAGAGCAGGUGGCGAGUUGUUGAGCUUCACUUUACACUAGUUAAAAUUAGGGAGUCCCUGAAGUGUAAUCACCUGAGGAUAUGGAGUCAUCAACAGAUUCAGAGAAACAACAUCUGAUUGAGGCUCAUUUGGUGCCUCUUAGAUGGAUGAGUUCUCCAGAGGAAAAACACUCAGACUCUGGAUCAGAGUUCAGUGACGAUGCCUCCAGUGUGGACAGUCUGUGGCAAAGCGAGCAGCUCUGUCAGGAGACGGACACGAUGUCCAGAGCUGAAAGUGACGCAAGACGUUUGGCCAGGAAGAAACUUUUCAUCGCCUGCGCUGUCAGCCUCGUGUUCAUGACCGGGGAGGUGAUCGGUGGAUAUGCUGCUGGCAGUCUGGCCAUCAUGACCGACGCAGCUCAUCUUCUAACUGACUUUGGGAGCAUCGCCAUCAACAUCUUCUCUCUGUGGAUCUCAUCCAGGCCUCAAACACAAACCAUGACCUUUGGGUGGCACCGAGCAGAGAUCUUGGGCGUGUUGUUGUCAGUCGUGUCCAUUUGGGCUGUGACAACAGUGCUGGUCUUAUCAGCCGCACAGAGGAUCGCUGACGGAGACUACGACAUCAACAGUCAGAUCAUGUUAAUAACCUCAGGUUGUGCUGUUGGGGUCAACGUCCUGAUGGUGCUGGUCCUCCAUCAGUCCGGUGCCUCUCACGGCCACAGUCACGGGUCUUCUACCGGUCGGCUGCAGAGGGAAGGGGAACGUCAGAAACGUGGUCACACUCAUGGGCACGGCAACGCCAGCGUGAAGGCGGCCUUCAUCCACGUCGUGGGAGAUCUGCUGCAAAGUGUCGGGGUCCUGCUGGCCGCCACCAUCAUCCACUUCUGGCCUGAAUAUAAAGUUGCAGAUCCAAUAUGUACGUUCGUGUUCUCAGUUCUUGUUAUUGGGACGACGUUUCCAGUCACCAAGGACGUUCUCAGGAUACUGAUGGAGGGUGCUCCUCAGGACAUUAACUCCAACACUGUGAGAGAGCUGCUGCUGUCCGUCAGAGGAAUCGUGGCUGUUCACAGUUUGCACGCGUGGAGUCUCAACAUGACUCAGGCUUUACUUUCUGUCCACGUGGUCACAGAGGAAGAUACUGAUCCGCAGAUCGUCCUCCUAAAGGCAACAAAGCUCCUGCGCUCUGAGUUUUGUUUCUCCAGCAUCACAAUCCAAGUGGAGUGUCACAGUAACACCGCUCACAGUACAGCGGCUGUAAGAUGACAAAACUGAGGCAGGAGGUUCCCGAAGCGUCGGUUGUUCCUGCUUUAACAGCCUCCUACUCCACCCUGUCUGAGCGGCUAAUGGUGCAACUGAACAUUUUUUGUUUUGGUUGCUGAAUCAUAGAAAUGUGUCUCAAAUGGUACAUAAGUGAAAUGUGUUUUAUACAAUAAUAUAUUUAUAUAAUACUA